GCACCGCACAGGUAUUUAAUCACAGGACUAGACGGAAGGUCGAAUAACAGGGAGGCCAUGUUGGAUUUUCAGUGAACUCCUUAUGACAUCAGAAAUGGACCCGUUCCGCAGAGCCCAGAUUAUCCUAUUGUGUGACCUCUGUAAAACUGCCCACCUAGAGAGUCACUGUGAACGUUGUGAUAUAAAUCUAUGCCAGACCUGUGUUGGGAAGCACCUCUCGGAUUCGUCUAUAAGACACAAAGUCGUGCCCUAUAAAUACAGAAAGUCUCUUAACUACUCAAAAUGUCCAGACCACGCCGAUGAACUCUGUAAACAUUACUGUGAGAAAUGUGAAAUUUCUGUCUGUUCUACCUGCGUCUCCUCAAGUAAACAUGAAGGUCACGAUAUAUCAGAUAUUCUGGAAAACCUCAGUGCUAAAACGGAAAGUUUACAGAAAGAUCUGGACGAACUCGAGACCAGAAUUUACCCGCGAUAUGAAGAAAUGGUCUCCGAUGUCCAAACUGAGAAAGCCGAGUUAGAAACAAAUUACAGGGAACUGACAACAAUUGCCGAUCAACAAGGAGAAGUCUUACACCGGGAGAUCACCGCCAUUGUCAACCAGCGGAAAUCCGACAUUCAGGAGAUAAAAAACAAACACCUAUCUAUCCUGAAUAAAAAUACAGCUGAAAUCACACAGAAAAUGGCGGAACUCACACAGAUCAUUUCCGACUUGAAAUCAAUCCUAAAAUCAAAUGACGUCUCCUUAACCUCUACUUACAAAUCUAGGAAUUCCGAAUUUAGAACAUUACCGCCUAAAGUCCGAGUUACAGUACCCAGUUUUUCUGCUCAGAAAAGAAACAACGAUCAGCUCAAUGAAAUGUUUGGUUCUCUGUCGCCAUUAUCCAUUAACACAGAACAUGACGACACAAUGAAGUCAGCAGAAGCUGUAUCGUCUCCUCCAGUCAAACCACUGCUUGAUGAGCCGCGCCUCACCGCCGCCAUACACACUGGGUAUGACUAUCUACUCAAUGUUAGCUGUCUGAGUGAAGAUCAAGUCUGGACACGCGGGGAUAACGAAACCAUGAAGCUGCUCAACCUCCAGAGUAAACUACUGACAUCAAUACAAACCAAGUCAGGGAACAGACCAGGGGACAUAGCAGUGACACGGGACGGAAAUCUUGUUUAUACUGAUUAUAGUGAUAACACCGUGAACUUAAUUAAGAAUAAACCGAUACAGACCGUGAUCACACUACAGGGGUGGUACCCUCUCAAUGUCUGCUGUACCGCUUCUGAUGAUCUCCUGGUUACCAUGAUCAGUGAUGAUGAAACACAAUCCAAAGUCGUGCGUUACUCUGGCUCCACACAAAAACAAAGCAUUCAGUUUGAUGAUCAGGGUCGUCCUCUCUAUUCAUCUGGUCGUUACACUAAAUACAUCAGUGAGAACAAGAACCUGGAUAUCUGUGUGGCUGACCGUGGAGCUAGAGCAGUAGUGGUGGUCAAUCAGUCAGGAAAACUCCGAUUUAGAUACACUGGUCAUCCCUCUAAUACCAAGAAAUCAUUUGAUCCAGUCGGCAUCACUGCAGACAGCCAGAGUCACAUCCUGACAACAGACAUUAACAAUCGCCUUAUCCACAUCCUAGAUCAGGACGGACAGUUCCUCCGUUACAUUCACUGUGAUUUAGAACGUCCUCGUGGUUUAUGUGUGGACAUCAGAGACAACCUCUUUGUGACUGAGUUAAACACUGCUAAAGUGAAGAAAAUCCAAUAUCUCUAAACACAGUGUUAAUUACAUGUCUGAAACAUGUUCAUUACAUAUCUUUACAGUGUGUGUUAAUUACAACAUCAUGUUAAUUGCAUCAGUUUGUUAAUUUCAACCCUGUGUUAAUUACAGCCCUGUGUUAAUUACAGCCCUGUGUCUGUGAUGUGUAAUUAACAUGUACUUCUGCUAGCAAGUUUACUGAAAAUAAGUCCCUCACUGGUGUUUAGCAAAACCUGUAUUAUGUUUAGUAAAACAUCAUUAAUCUUAGUAUACUAAUUACUGAUCCAAAUGUGUUACUAGUUAAUUAUCUAUUUAUUUACAAUCUUUUGUAGACUAAUUUGACUGUGUUACUAAUUAUCUCUAUACAAACUUUUGUGGACUAAUUUGACUGUGUUACUAGUUAUCUAUAUACAACAUUUUGUGGCCUAAUUUGACUGUGUUACUAGUUAUCUCUAUACAAUCUUUUGUGGACUAAGUUGACUGUGUUACUAGUUAUCUAUCUCUAUACAAUCUUUUGUGGACUAAGUUGACUGUGUUACUAGUUAUCUAUCUCUAUACAAUCUUUUGUGGACUAAUUUGACUGUGUUACUAGUUAUCUAUCUUAUCAAAUCUUUUUAAGAAACGUGAAUAAUUGUGAAGUGUUUAGAAAUUUUAUGUUUUCAGUGUUUUGUGUGCAGCCUUGAAUUAUAGUACAUCCACAACACUUACAUAUUAUUUGGAUGUGCUUUUUUAGUGUGAUAAACUACUAACUGACAUUUUUCCUUUUGUUAAUUAUGUAUUUCAAUAUGUAUUUUAUUUUUCUAUGUAUAUAUAUUAGAUAAAUAUGAUACAGAG